AUGUUGGAACCAUUGAAGGCAACUGCUCAAGGGCUUGCGCUGACCGAGCAAGAGAUCGUCUUCAUCCCGUUUCUGCCGCAGCGCGAGCUGUUCGCACGGUACGCAUCGGCGCAUGUUUUUGUCUUCCCAAGUCUUCGCGAUGCGGGGGGCAACGUGGUCCAAGAGGCGUUGUCUGCAGGCGUUCCUGUGGUGUGCCUCAAGUUGGGUGGUCCUCCCAGCUUCGUGAAUGCGAGCUGUGGUGUGGUGGUGCCGGCGAGGGACGCGAAGGACGAGGCUGAGCUUGUCGACCGAAUCGCCGUCGCUAUCAAGUCUGUUACUGCCAGCACUGAGCACUGGCAACAUCUUCAUGAAGGUGCGCUGGUCCGUGCCGAGCAACUGACUUGGGAACGGCAGAUACGGCAUAUCCAAUCCGAGAUACGGCGUGUGUUGCGUCUCGGUUCUGCCACUGCCGGCGGCGGUACGGAGAGUGCAGGAUGA